AUGAAUGCUUCUUUUGUCAAUCAAGAUAUUUCGAAUUGGGAUUUUACUAACGCCAUUCUUACUGGAGCUAAUUUUAGAGGAUCGAAUUGCACAGGUACAAUCUUUCAUGGAGCAAAUCUCGUUGAAGCUGAUUUUUCUUACGCUCAUCUCGAUGAUGCGAUUUUUGACCACGCAGAUUUGACUGCAUCCACUUUUACUGCAGCAUCUGGCAUCAAAACAGUGCGAUAUGCUAAAUUUCAAAAUGUUAACUUUAUUGAUGAUAAUUUCAUGUCGGGCACAGAAACGAGUUUCGUUCGAUUUAUCGACUGCAACUUUGUCGACAGUAUAUUUCGCCGUACCGUACUGGAAUAUAUCGACUUCGUAUAUUGCAAUCUGACCAAUGCUCGUUUUGAUGUUAUUCAGUUGAACCGUGUAUCCUUCCAAGGUAGUAUCCUCGCUUAUGCGUAUCUUGUAAACAUUUCUUUGAUGCAUGUAACCUUGAAUUUUGCAAAUUUCUCCUAUGCGAAUCUCUCAGGUGUUAAGUACUGUAUUAGUAUGACAUGUCAAAAUCCAUUUACCACCUAUUUUUACCUUUGGAAUGCAAUUCUACCAGAUAAUACACGAGGUCCUCCGGAAAAAAACGUUCUUCCUAAUGGACAGGCUGAGAAAUGCAGCACAUCGAAUGGAACAGGUAUUUGGAAAAUUCAUGGCGAUCUAAUCAUUAAUCGAGCUCAUUAUUUUCAUAGACAAAAAUGUGCUUUCGGUCCAGCUCACUAUUCGCGUACGGAAACUAUGAGUCAGUUGAUACAAUUAGCACCGUUUCAAUAUGGUAGCACAACAUAUUUGGUAAUGGAUGGUCGUGCACGUCUCGUGAUACGAAGUUCAGCGGGUUGGCAGACCGGGAUUUAUGUGGAUGAAUACUUAAAAGACGGCCUUCUGCGCAGACAUAUACAACAAUCUCCGAAUGAAACUAUCAUGCUAGGCAUGCAAUAUCCGCAAUAUAAAAUGAUUGAAUCGAGUGUCCUGCUACAGGAAGAAACUGAAUAUCUCAACGUAACAGUAGUUUUUACUGCUAACAGCAACGAAAAGUAUAUGUGGAUGGAGUUUAUUCAAAUGCAGUUAUUGCCCGUUAUAUAUGCCCCAUAA